UAUAUAUACAUAACUCUAUAUGUUUAGUUUGUACAUUUAUAAAUCAAUGUAGGACUAUAUAUCCCCAGACCAGAGUGAAUCUGAAAGAGACGGGCAAGACGACAGCGUCACCCCCCUCCCCGCCCGGUUCUUGAGCUUUAUUUACGAGUUUUAAGGCACCCCUUGUUCUUCACCAGGCCUCUCUCUCUCUCUCUCUCUCUCUCUCUCUCUCUCUCUCCUGUCUCUGUGUGUGUAUAAAUACAUACAUAUCGUUUGUGUAUGUGGGUAAUGUGUGAAAGGUCGGCAGCAGAAUGUGGAACCGAAGGGGAUGAAGAGCAGAGGAAUCUGAACUCUCUCUACGCGAAGACCCUUUUGUUCUUCUUGAUUAGUUGAGAUAUCUAUGGCUGAAGAUAUCUUUUCACUCAAUAAGGAUACUCUCAUCAUAAAGCCGCUCAAGAAAUCCCAAGUAUUGUUGAGGACGAUAGUUCUAAUAUUCUCAGUGGCCUUUGGUGUGCAUAUCUGCUCCAUCUGCGUAAAGCAAUCAAAUACCCUAACAGAUGGGGAACCUCUUAGCAUUAAAGUCAUUGACAAGCCUUGUUGUGAUGAUGGAUGUGAUAAAACCCAAAUUCCCCAUUUGCAUUAUCCAAAGCCUGAAACCUUUAGCAGGGCUGAAUGUGCGUGUCAUCCCGUGCGAUUAUUUGUAAUUAUCUCAAUGCAAAGAUCGGGAAGCGGAUGGUUUGAAUCAUUAUUAAAUAGUCAUCUAAAUGUGAGUUCCAAUGGGGAGAUAUUUUUGGUCCACCAAAGAAGGGAUAAUAUGUCUUCAAUUACGAGGACUUUGGAUAGAGUUUACAACUUGGACUGGCUUAGUAGUGCUUCAAAAAAUCAUUGCUCGGCUGCAGUUGGCUUCAAAUGGAUGCUUAAUCAGGGAUUAUUGGAGCACCAUGACGAAAUUGUGGAGUAUUUCAAUCGUAGAGGGGUCUCUGUAAUAUUUCUCUUUCGAAGAAAUCUGUUGCGUCGGAUGGUUUCCUUGCUUGCAAAUUCGUAUGAUCGAUAUGCUAAGCUGUUAAAUGGGACCCACAAAUCUCACGUGCACUCACCAGCAGAGGCAGAAGCACUGUUGAAAUUCAAGCCAUUUAUUGAUUCCAGUUCAUUGAUGAAUGAUUUGAAGGAAAUGGAGUUGACUGCUGCCAAAGCAUUGGAAUACUUCCGAAGCACCAGGCACAUCUUUUUGUACUAUGAAGACCUUAUCAGGGAUCCCACUAAAUUGGUGGAUGUGCAAGAGUUUCUGAAGGUGCCAUUGAUGAAAUUAACGAGCCGUCAGGUUAAGAUACACCAAGGAUCACUGACAGAACUAAUUUGGAAUUGGGAUGAGGUGAACAAGACACUCCAAGGCACAACUUACGAGAGCUUCCUUGGUGCUGACUAUUGACCUAACUUCUACCCUAACUUGUGGAUGGUGCAAAUAACAUGUUCAACUAAUUAUUGUUGCAGAUUUUUUGCUUACAUGAAGUUUCCGAACUUGCUGUCUGAGUGUGAUACUUGUACUUAUUUCUGUCUCUUCUAGUAGUUAGCGUAAUCCCAUCUUUUUUAUUCCGGUGUAAUCUUAUGUUAUCGAUUUCCCUGUUUGUUGAGCAUAUACCAGUCAUGUAUAUUUAGUUUUACUUGGUUUGUUGUCUGGGGGGCAGGCGCAUUCUCAGCGUAGUGAUUCUUUCUUGUAUUUUGGUCUCGAAUUUUGUUGCAUGAAAUGCCAGAUACAUUGAGGAAAGAUGUUAGAGCCAGGGUUAUUACUAUUUUUUUGUAUUUAAGCAGUUACUUUGUGUCAUAAAUCCAUAUCAUUCAUCUCCA